AAAGGCCUGCUGUAUAUGGACUUUUAUUUUGAAGGUUUUUUGGCGCUCAGCCAGGGUGUGAAUGCACCGUCAAUGCAGCAAUGUUAAAACCAGCUCCGCCCAUUUCUAGCAGGUGGUGGUGAUUUAGUGUUUGGUAGAAAUAGACCUGCAUGGAAUGGGUGAAAAAAGGGGACAUUGAUGCUUGCUUUGUUUGGUGUUGUGUGCGUAUAAUAGAUGAACCAAACCACACAUGCACAGAAAAUAAAAGACAUCAAGAACUAAAGUUGCAUCUUCAUGUCUCUGAUCGGACGUCUGUGGUGAACUGGUCCCCCACCGGCUAUCCCCACUGGGUUAAAUCAUCCAGUUUUCUUUAUGGUCCUUCGAGCCGGAGUCCAGAGUUUUCCACAGUUAUGGAGAUGCAGCCAUCAGAGGAUGUUCCUGUUGAGAGACCCAGGAGACAAACAUCUCUACCAGCACACUUGCAGGAUUAUGAUUUGAGUGGUUAUGAUCUACAUAGAUCCUUAUCACCGCCUAGCUAUUCCCAUAAACCCCCUGGUGUUCUGUCACCUGAAGAGGAUGACCGAAUUGACACCCCACAUGUAGCAGCACAGCAUGGUGAUUAUCACAGUCCACAACAGUGGUAUGUAGCAGAUCGCUGGGAUCAGCAUAUGGAAGCCCUGCGAGAAGAGAAUGCUGAUUUAAAGAAACUCCAAAGUGACUUGAUUACUACAGUUCAGCAGCUAAAGGAGGAAAGGGAUGAUCUUAAACAAGCCAACGUCAAGUUUGCAUCGCAGAUGUCUCAACUUGAAGCAGAGGUGAAACAGUUGUUAAGUUGGCAAAAUCAACAGUCACAACCUCCACAGGCAUCUACCCUUUCAGUAUCUUGUCAGUCAAAGGUCCUAGACCGCCCUAAACCAGUUCCAGCCCCAAGGAAGCCGAGAUCAACUGAACCCACAGUAAAUCCAAACCGUGCUCCAGCCUCUCAUGAUGCAUGCAUCGCAAGAUAG